UCCACAAUCAGCUUCAGCCUCUGGGGAACAGCAGCGCGUUCCCGGGCCAUCUGGAAAGUGAGGGACACCAGAGAUGGCGCUCUGCAGGUCAAGCAAAGGCAAGCCUAGCUGGGUGGGGCCUGAGGGACUUGGAAGUUGACUGCUGUGCUCCAUCUCACGACUGAGAGCCAGCGAAGUUCUUGAGAGUCCGUGGAUGAGGAGGCUGCUAACUCCAGAGAGCUCCCUAGUUCAUCUUGUCCACCUCUGCCUGCCUUCUUAGUAGAGGUCUUGCAGCUGGAGAAGGCGGCGUUUGUGUGUUCAGGACAGAUCCUGAUUGGAAGGGGUUAUGAAAGGAUCUGGCUAGUCCUCUAUUGGCCCGCCCCGGGACCACCUCUGCCUUUAAAGUCGCCAGGUCGCAAAGCCCGAGUUCUGUCUGCCUCCUUGCCUGGAUAGGGCUCAUAGUCUCUGGAUCUAAACUCUUGGCUUCUCGGGCACGAUCCAUGGCUGCGUGGAGCCGCACGAGGCUGAGAUGGACGCUCCUGGACCCGCGUGUGGUGGGCCGUGGCCUCUGCCCACAAGGGGCCAGAGCCAAGGCCACGAUCCCUGCAGCCCUCCAGGCACAGGAGAGUACGGAGGGUCCAGGAACAGGUCAAGACCGGCCGCGCCUGCGGAGUCCGGCGGAGCUUCCGGGGACCGGAACGCUACAAUUUUUAUUCCAGCUAUUUCUACAAGGCUAUGUGCUGCACUUGCCCGACCUCCAGACAAGGAGAGCAAUGGUACCAUCUGCGUCAGGCUUUGAAACAGAGGCUGCUGAAGCCUGACGAGGCCGCGCUCUACACGGAUGCCUUAAACGAGGUUAUCAGUGACUUUAUCACCCGGCUGGACCAGGUGCGGGCAGAGAGUGAAUCAGGGGACCAGGUGCCAGACAUGGCUCAUCUUCUCUACCACCUUGCCUUGGAAGCCAUCACCUAUAUCCUGUUUGAGAAAAGGAUUGGCUGCCUGAAACCCUCCAUUCCUGAGGACACUGCCGCCUUCAUCAGAUCUGUUGCAAUCAUGUUCCAGAACUCAGUCUAUAUCACUUUCCUUCCCAAAUGGACGCGUCCUCUGCUGCCCUUUUGGAAGCGAUACCUGAAUGGCUGGGAUAACAUUUUCUCCUUUGGAAAGAAGCUGAUUGAUGAAAAAGUCCAGGAGCUAAAAGCCCAGCUACAGGAAACUGGGCCAGAUGGAGUCCGGGUAUCUGGCUACCUGCACUUCCUGCUGACCAAUGAAUUGCUCAGUACUCAGGAGACCAUCGGCACCUUUCCUGAGCUGCUUUUGGCUGGGGUGGACACGACAUCCAACACACUGACAUGGGCCCUGUACCACCUUUCAAAGAGCCCAGAGAUCCAGGAGGCCUUGCACAAGGAAGUGACUGGUGUGGUGCCCUUCGGGAAGGUGCCCCAGCACAAGGACUUUGCCCACAUGCCUCUGCUAAAAGCUGUGAUUAAGGAGACCCUGCGCCUCUACCCUGUGGUUCCCACAAACUCCCGGAUCAUCACAGAAAAGGAAACUGAAAUUAAUGGCUUUCUCUUCCCCAAGAAUACACAGUUUGUGUUAUGCCACUACGUGGUGUCCCGGGAUCCCAGUGUCUUUCCUGAGCCCAACAGCUUCCAGCCUCACCGAUGGCUGAGGAAGAAAGAGGCUGAUAACCCUGGGAUCCUACAUCCAUUCGGCUCUGUGCCCUUCGGCUAUGGGGUUCGGUCUUGCCUGGGUCGGAGGAUUGCAGAACUGGAGAUGCAACUGAUGCUGUCAAGGCUGGUACAGAAGUAUGAGAUUGCCCUGGCUCCCGGGAUGGGAGAAGUAAAGACUGUGUCCCGCAUCGUCCUGGUUCCCAGCAAGAAGGUGAGGCUGCAUUUUCUGCAGAGACAGUAGUACCGAGCUGGGCUCCCGCCUUCAUGGAGCUCGUCCAGAAGCCCUGGCACAGAAGUUCUUGGCCAGUCUCAUGUCACAUGUCACGAUGUCAGAUUCAACAGGAGAACUCUGUGCCCUUCCUAUAGACACCAAAUGUCUGGCACAAUCUCUACUGAGCAGCACCCACUUAAGACAGCAGAGCACCUUAUAAUAACAGUCCUUGGGUAUGAUUUAAAAUAAAAUUUAAAAUUCAAGUU